AUGGCAGAAUCCCUCAGCCCUUCGUCUGAUCCCAGGGAACAAAUGAACAUCUUAGAGGUCUAUCAGCAAUUGCACUCACAACCAGUGGUGAGUGAACAUCAGUAUCGAGUUCCAAAAGAGAAAUUCUCUAUAUUGGAGGCUACUGCCUACUCCCUGUACAACCAGUUACAGAAAUCCAACAAUACCCAUUCCAUUGAAGGCCCUGGCAAGACUGAGGUCAGCUCUGAAAUUGAACUUCAAGGGCCAAUGAAAGAGAUCGAAGAGUUGAAGGUGAAACUGAAGCAGCUUCGAGAAAAUUUCCCAGAGAUUCAAAAUAAGAUCACUCAGCUCAAGGACAUGACCAUAGGCUGCAAGAAGGAGCUUACCAGGAUUGAGCCGCCACCUGAAAAGGAGGAAGGAAGUUGCUUCACAAUGAACACCACUGAUGAAGGGAAUUGGACAAUUUCUUAUGAUGCUGAAUUUUCUGACGCUGACCUGUCUCUCAACACACAAGUUUGCCUCUCUGCUGUGAGUCAGGCAAACUCUACUGUGGAAGUGACAA